CCUCAGACCAGUGAGUACCAGCCAGCCAAGAUGUUUUCCCCAACCCAGUCUGGAACGCUGCAUACAAGAAACACAGACCAGUCCAGGAUGACCUCUGCUGGACCACAGUUCCGCCUGCCACUUGCAUUCAAUCACACAGUUGGACAUAUUGUACUUUCAGAACAUAAAGAUGUCAAGUUUAAUUGCUCAAUUAAUGUACCCAAUAUAUACCAGCAUACUGAAGUGAUUUCUUUGUGGAAAGAUGGGAAGGAAUUGGUCAGUGCACAUCAUGCAAUUACUCAGUUUUAUCCAGAUGGUGAAGUUACAGCAAUCAUUUCUUCUUUCAGCAUAACCAAUGUGCACCGUUCAGACAAUGGCUCGUAUAUCUGUAAGAUGAAAAUAAACAAUGAAGAGAUUGUGUCUGAUCCUAUCUACAUUGAGGUGCAAGGACUGCCUCACUUCAUAAAGCAGCCAGAGAGCAUGAAUGUUACUAGAAACACAGCCUUCAACCUCACCUGUCAGGCCACGGGCCCCCCAGAGCCAGUCAACAUCUUCUGGAUUCAGAAUAGCAGCCGUGUUAAUGAACGACCUGAAAAAUCCCCCUCUGUUCUCACUGUUCCUGGUCUGACCUACACGACAGUCUUCAGCUGUGAGGCUCACAAUGACAGGGGACUGACGGUGACCAAGGGAGUACAGAUCAACAUCAAAGUAAUCCCCUCUCCACCGAGUGAAGUCCUUGUCAACAUCAGCACUGCCCACAGUAUCCUGAUCUCCUGGGUCCCUGGUUUUGAUGGAUACUCUCCCUUUCAGAACUGCAGCGUUCAGGUCAAGGAAGUUGAUCUGCUGAGUAAUGGCUCGCUCAUGAUUUUUAACACCUCUGCUUCACCACAUCUAUAUGAAAUUGAGCAGCUGCAGGCCCUCACUAAUUACAGCAUUGCAGUUUCCUGCAGGAAUGAAGUUGGCUGGUCUGCAAUGAGCCCUUGGGUUCUAGCCAGUACAAAGGAAGGAGCCCCAUCUGAAGCACCUUUGAACGUCACUGUAUUUCUCAAUGAAUCGAAUAAUAAUGUGGAGAUAAGGUGGCUUAAACCUCCGAUUAAGCGGCAGGAUGGGAAACUGUUGGGCUACCGGAUAUCCCACACAUGGCAGAGUAUGGAGACUUCUAAGGAACUCUCUGAAGAAGUUGGCCAGAACAGUAGCCAUACUCAGAUUCCAGUUCAAGUCUACAAUGCUACAUGCACAGUGAAGAUCGCAGCCGUCACCACUGGGGGAGUUGGACCUUUCAGUGACCCUGUGAAAGUACUCAUCCCUGUGCAUGCUUGGGUAGAUUUUGCGCCCUCAUCAACCCCGGCGCCUGGCAACACCGAUCCUGUACUCAUCGUCCUGAUCUGCAUUUGUGUAUUUUUUUCUAUUGGAUUGAUAGUAUACAUCUCUUACACCAUCAGAAAAAGAGCCCAGGAAACAAGAUUUGGGAAUGCAUUUGCAGAGGACAAUUCUGAAUUGGUUGUAAAUUUUGUAGCGAAGAAAUCCUUCUGUCGGAGAGCCAUCCAGCUCACUUUGCGUAGUCUGGGCGUCAGUGAGGAGCUGCAGAAUAAGCUGGAAGAUGUUGUGAUUGACAGAAACCUUUUAAUUCUUGGAAAAGUUCUCGGUGAAGGAGAGUUUGGGUCUGUCAUGGAAGGAAAUCUGGAACAGCAAGAUGGAGCCCCUCAGAAAGUAGCAGUGAAGACCAUGAAGUUGGACAACUUUUCACAGCGAGAGAUUGAAGAAUUUCUCAGUGAGGCAGCAUGCAUGAAAGACUUCAACCACCCAAAUGUCAUUGGACUUCUAGGUGUAUGCCUAGAAAUGAGUGCUCAAGGCGUCCCAAAGCCAAUGGUUAUUUUGCCCUUCAUGAAAUAUGGGGACUUACAUACCUACUUACUUUAUUCCCGACUGGAUACAGGGCCAAAGCACAUCCCCUUGCAGACACUAUUGAAGUUCAUGGUGGACAUUGCCUUGGGAAUGGAGUAUCUGAGCAACAGAAAUUUUCUUCAUCGAGACUUAGCUGCACGGAACUGCAUGUUGCGAGACGACAUGACUGUCUGUGUUGCAGACUUUGGCCUCUCCAAGAAGAUUUACAGUGGAGAUUACUACCGCCAAGGCCGCAUUGCUAAGAUGCCCGUCAAGUGGAUCGCCAUAGAGAGCCUGGCCGAUCGCGUCUACACAAGUAAAAGUGAUGUGUGGGCAUUUGGCGUAACAAUGUGGGAAAUAGCGACGCGGGGGAUGACUCCCUACCCUGGAGUCCAGAACCAUGAGAUUUAUGACUACCUCCUCCAUGGCCACCGCCUGAAGCAGCCAGAGGACUGCCUGGAUGAACUAUAUGAAAUAAUGUACUCUUGCUGGAGAGCUGAUCCUUUGGACCGACCCACCUUUUCAGGGUUGAGGCUGCAGCUGGAAAAGCUCUUAGAAAGUUUGCCUGAUGUUCAGGACAAAGCAGAUGUCAUUUAUAUCAACACACAGUUGCUGGGGAGCUGUGAGGGCCUGGCCGAGGGCCCUCCCUUUGCUCAGCUGGACAUGAACAUUGAUCCAGACUCUAUAAUUGCUUCUUGUUCGCCUCAAGCAGCAGUCAGUGUGGUCAUAGCAGAAGUUCAUGAGAACAAACCUCAUGAAGGAAGGUACGUCCUGAACGGGGGCAGUGAGGAAUGGGGUGGGCUGACUUCUGCUACCCCUGCGACAAUGACCUUUGCAAAGGAGAACAUUUUACCAGAGGACAGGCCUGUAAGGAAUGGGGCCACUUGGUCCAAUUCCAGCACACUGCCCUUGGGGAGCACAUCUCCAGAUGAACUUUUAUUUGCUGACACUUCUUCAGAGGACUCGGAAGUCCUGAUGUGA